CUUGGAUGUAGUGGAAUGACGUUUGUGAUGUUUUUGUGUCGUGUGCGAUUCGGGGAACGAGUUUUAUGUGAUUUUAACGUGAAAUUCUAAUAGAUAAACUUUUAACAAUCAUUGUAAAGUUCUAAUAACUAAGUUUAAGUUGUGUUUUAAUAAGUUUCCUACGGUAUUUUGUAAAGGGAACGAUUGAUUGUCAUUGUGAGUUGCAAACAUCGGGUGAAUGAUACAUAAGAUUGUGAUAGUGUAAUGAUUUGAUCAUAAAUCAGGAAAAAAUGUACAAUCAGUGACAUUUGUUCUUAGCAACUUGUUAUAAUGUGUUACAAUACUUUUGUUUUGUUGUUUUCAUGUGCAAAAUAGUGUCAAAGAAAUGGGUGACCGUUUAAAACAUCCAUAUAGAGUGAAAAAAACAUAUGUUAUUUGUGUUUUGUUAGAGAAAUGGAUGUAAUAACAGGAUUAUCCCCUCUAAGUCCAGGCUUCAUAGAGGAUUUGGACAUAGAGGCGUAUAUGAGCUCCGUCGGCGAAGGAUGCUACGCUCCACAAGCCAUCGAUCCGCGCCGUACCGGAGGCCACCAGCUGCCAGAAAGUCCACCGGACUCUGGAUCAGAGAACCCAUACAGUCCAUCAGACCCUCAAGUCUCCCAUGCCAUAUCCUUACCCCAAACAGUCCUUAGUUCGGACUAUAUGCUGGUCCAUGACCAUAUACCAACUCAAGAGAUCCUCCAGCAGAAUGGAGACUAUAUUUAUGAGGAGCUGAAGACAGAUAAUAUAGAUGGGUUGAGGAGUAACCUGAGUGAUGUAGUGGUUCUACCACAGGACUCCAAUAUUGUGGAGUUGGGGAUCAGGACGGUCAGACAUGAUUUGGGACUGGGUGAUGUUUAUCAGAACAGAUAUAGCCAGAUGAGGGUGGAUAUGCCAGAACUGGAGCAGGGUAUGAUAAACCCUCAGCUGGUGGCUCUAGGACAUGAGACCCUGACUCCAGUGUACACCAGCCUUCAGGAACCGAGCACGAAGAAGAGGAAGCACUCACAGGACACCUCCCAAGUCAAAUGUGAGCCUGCGGCUCUGUCCCCAGAAAGCGUAACCCACGUGCCACGGCCAGCGCCUCCAUCAGUAGAUGGCUCUGAAGCUGGUGACGACGCUCCUCUUCAGUGCAUCAGAUUCGGACCCUUCCAGCAGAACGUUUGGCAUUCGCUAUAUGACUGCAAUUUGAAGCCACUCCAACCCCCAUCCUACGUGGUAGGCGCGGACAAAGGCUUCAACUACUCCCAAAUAGAUGAGGCCUUCGUCUGCCAGAAGAAAAACCACUUCCAGGUGACCUGCCAGAUACAGAUGCAAGGAGACCCUCAUUAUGUGAAGACUGGUGAAGGAUUUAAGAAGAUCAGCAAUUUCUGCUUGCAUUUCUACGGUGUUAAGGCUGAAGAUCCCAGUCAGGAAGUGAGAAUUGAACAAAGUCAAUCGGAUAGAACAAAGAAACCUUUCCAUCCUGUGCCAGUCGAAAUUCGUCGUGAAGGCGCCAAAGUGACGGUGGGGCGCCUCCAUUUUGCGGAGACCACAAAUAAUAAUAUGAGGAAGAAAGGCAGGCCUAACCCUGACCAGCGGCACUUCCAACUGGUGGUAGCCCUCCGAGCUCAUGUCGGACAUAAUGACUUCAUCAUUGCUGCGUCAGCCAGCGACAGGAUUAUUGUUAGGGCAUCAAACCCGGGUCAGUUCGAGUCGGACUGCACCGAGAGCUGGUGGCAGCGAGGAGUGUCAGAUAACAGCGUCCACUUCACAGGCAGAGUCGGUAUCAAUACUGAUAGGCCGGACGAAUCUUGUGUAGUUAAUGGUAACUUAAAAGUUAUGGGACAUAUACUCCACCCGUCGGAUGCGCGCGCCAAGCACAACAUACAAGAAUUAGACACUGCACAGCAACUGAAGAACGUACAGAAUAUUAGAGUUGUCAAGUUCAACUACGACCCAUCAUUCGCGGAGCACUCGGGCCUUUUAGGUUAUGACCCCACUCGGCCGACACCCCAACUGGAUACGGGGGUCAUUGCGCAGGAGGUCCGGCGCGUCAUACCCGAGGCGGUUAAAGAAGCCGGCGACGUCACACUGCCCAAUGGGGAUACAAUACCGAAGUUUUUGGUGGUUAAUAAGGAUCGCAUCUUCAUGGAGAAUCUAGGUGCCGUUAAAGAGCUGUGCAAGGUGACUGGCAAUCUGGAGUCGAGGAUCGAUCAACUGGAGAGGAUGAACAAAAAACUCUGCAAGAUCAGCAUACUGCAGCGGAGAGACAGUUCUAGGUCCAGUAUCAGUAAUGACUCCCGAUUCUCAGCUAUGUCAAACUCAUCGAAAUCUCUAUACAGUGAUGGUAACAUAUCCAUAGAUCAAAUAAGGGAUAUCGCACGCAAUAUAAGGAAACACGAGUGUUGCCACAAAUUAAGUCACAAUUCUCCCAAAUACACUCGAAAACAGUGCAAAAAUUGCCACGGAAACUACUCAAAAUAUGGGAAAUAUUACAAUUACAACAAAACUUGUGUGCGAUACCAUUCAAAUAAAAUGGAAAAAUGCGAAAAUGUUGAAAAUCCGACUUACACAGACUCGAAUAUACAGAAAUAUCCCGACGACAGUUAUAACAGUUCGAUGGCAAAGAAAAAGGAUACUUGUCUAUGGUUGAAGAGCGACGAUAAUUUUUCGUAUAGCAACACUAAGCUUGGGUUUUGUUGCCGAAAAGAGUAUGGGGAUACCAGCAGUGAAUUGAUAUCGAAUAAGUUUCUGCAGAUUGUUAUAACUAUAUUGAUUUUCAUUAUGGCUGUUUGCUUAGUAGUAAUGUCAGCUUUGUACUUCCGAGAGCACCAAGAACUAAUAUCAAUGAAGGAGAUCCGUCUCCAUGACAAACUCCACUACCCACACUAUGGCAAGCUGAACAACGAACCACACAGUCACAGGGCGCCGCCGGACUUGAACCAGAUACAGAAUUUAAAAGCAUCUCAACAUACGGCAUCUAAAAAAACUGCUAAAGAGAAAGGACCGCACAAAACGACACAAGAAUACGUGACUACAGCGCCGACGGAAUCACCGCACACUAUAUCCACCAGUUCUCAUCCCACUAAAACCUAUGACAGUAAUUUUAUAAACACAGUACCGACUCUACAAUCUCUGCAACUACAGAACGAGAGACCAAUAUCAUUGUCGCGAAGAGCUGACGUCAUCGGUGGCGGAUGUCUGUUCACUUCCAAUACUAACAACGAACUGGAUCCUGAAUGCCAGUCGCCCUGCGGUCUCGAACCCCCUCAAACUUACGAUAACCAAGAACCGUUGGAAAGAAAACCGGAAAAAGAACUGAACGAUACAUUCGCAAGACCCUUAGAACCUCUUUCCAGGGAGAAACUCCCGAGCAUGCCUGGAGUAAUCCCGGAGAAAAACACAACGGAAUCGUUAAAAACCGAACCAGAGUCUCUGAGGAAUGAAAACGAUUCUUUCAAGAAAGUCGAGAACCUUCGAGAGGAGAUCAUAGCCAAUUCCCUGGAUGGAAGCAAGCAGAAUGUCACGGAAAUCGUCAGCAGAAUGAAGAGGGAGACCAGAGAGGAACUUAAGAGCAGUUCUGAGGAGAUGAUCCUUAGUGAACAGUCGCAUGAGAACUCUGGACCUCAUGAAUGCGACACAGUCCGCGUAGGUAUAUCGAGUAAAUCAAUAAUCAACUCUUCGUUGUUCAGCGAGUACGUCUGCGGUAACAACAUAUACAAUUACUCUUAUACCGUCCCGCUGUCACACUGUCUCAGUCACAAACACGUGGAUUUGACGUUCAGGUCGUCAAAAAUCAAGGAAUAUCGUAUAUGCGAUGUGAAAUGCAACUACGAUUCCUCUAAAUCCUGUUCAUCAACCAAGGACCCUCAGAAGCCACCGGCUACAGAAGACACCUGGAGUAUCAAGAUGGCGCUGGAGUGUAAUGUGGACCGUAUGCUGAAGAUCAGAGCCAGUUUCUCCACCUCUAGGAUGCGGUUUCCAAAUAAGGAAUUGUGCUACUUGACACCAGAACAUAAAUAUCCAUUCAUAGAAUACAAUAUUCGUAUACACAGCGAUUGUCAUAAUUAACGUCACAUUUAUAUAAUUAUUAUUAAUAUUUUAUAUAUUAUAAGUCAGUUUUAAAUUAUAAGUUAUAAGUUAGACUUUAUUGGUAAACUGUUUUACAACUUAUAAUUUAUUUUUUUACAAUAAUUUUAUUAUUGCAGGAAAAUAAAAU